GGUUUAGUUUCGGGCAGAUUUUUUGGUUAAGGAAAAAGAAGAAGAGAAAUUCCUAUUGGGCUCAAGUCUCAUUCUUCCUGCAAGCCCAAUUCCUUUGCUCUGAAACCCUACAUUAUCUUGUUAUUAACCUAGCGCCUCUCUCCGUUCUUCAGAUUGCAGACUUACGUACUCGAGGCGAGAGCAUUUGGAUUCACCUUCCUCCCUUCCCUUGAGCAGCGGCGGCGAGAACCAGGAUCUGCAAGAUGGAUAACCAAAUCAAGUAUGCUGUUGUGGUGAGGGUGAUGGGUCGCACCGGAUCCCGGGGUCAAGUGACCCAGGUGAGAGUCAAGUUUAAUGAUGACUCCAAUAGGUUUAUCAUGAGGAACGUGAAGGGACCAGUCCGAGAGGGCGACAUCCUAACUCUUCUGGAGUCUGAGAGGGAAGCCCGGAGGCUGCGCUGAAGACCUUCUUGUCAUUCCCUCUUUUAAGCUUUUGGUUUUUGGUAUGUUGGGAUGACUAUGUUCCUGUUUUUUGAAGUUUUCUUGAAAGUUUGAUUUAAAUAUGUUUGGAUGAGAAAUCAUGACUUGAUGGUUUUGAUCAUGUGAGACUUCCUUAUUAAGUAAACUAGUUGGUGUAUUGCUAAGUGGUGUGUUAUUUGUGUUAUGAUCAUUGCUUGUUCUUUAUGCCCACAACCAUUUUGUCAACUAUUAAGUUAAAUUAAGCUUUUUAUUCUCUCUAAGAGUGAAAAUGACAUUUUUGGUAGUGUAAAGUGUUGCAUGUGCCAAGUGCCCCCAUUCAACUCCACGUGACCUCAAGCGACAUAACGGAAGCAAUUUUCAUACUUUCUUCACCGGCAAUAGACUGAUCGCCGGCGCGACGUCGCCGGAAUCCCCGACUCACGACUUCCGAACACCAAGCGCCGCCAUCAUCCACUCACCGCCUCCGUCGCUCUCCGGUUCCUGUAUUAACUCCUGAUUUCGCCGGUUUUUUUCCUCCCGAUUUCUUCAUACAUGCUGUGAGGGUAUUGGAAAUCGAGAUGGUUAAGAGGCAAGUCCCCGAUUGGCUCAACAGCUCCCUCUGGUCUUCUCCGGCUCCUCCUGCCGAGACGCCUUCCCCGUUGCUGCAACAACAACCGUCAGCUCCUCCGCCGUCUGCAAUCCGCGGCGAGGAUGCCGCCGAUCGCCCCUCCCGUUCCGUCACCAAAUCGACGAAGACUGGAGCUGAUUAUCCGGUCGAGCGGCCGGUGAUCCCUGCGCCUCCGCCUGCAAUUAAAACAGACGCGCGCCGUCAUAAAGUGGAAAUUAGGGAUCCGUUAUGCGGUAAUAAUUAUAAUAGUGAUGAAGACAAUGAAAGCUCAGCCCGUAGCUCUACCACAUCCGCCUCCCCUGCUGCAGCGGAGGAUUUUUCUCGCCAAGCACAGCUUUGUCAAGUGCUGUCAAGAAAGACGAUAAACAUGGGGGAAGUUAGGAAGCUAGCGUCGCAAGGAAUACCGGAUGGAGCUGGCAUUCGUGCAACAGUGUGGAAGCUACUGCUGGGGUAUCUUCCAAUUGAUAGAUCAUCAUGGCCAUUGGAGUUGACAAAGAAAAGGUCCCAAUACAAGCAUUUUAAGGAUGACCUUUUGAUGAACCCUUCUGAGAUUACAAGAAGGUUGGAGAAAUCAACUAUUGAUAUUAAUGAACCGAAUGGUGAAGGCAAGGGUUUACUCUCAAGGUCAGAAGUUACUCAUGGAGAACAUCCUUUAAGUCUUGGAAAAAAUAGCGUGUGGAACCAAUUUUUCCAGGAUACCGAGAUCAUGGAACAGAUUGAACGCGAUGUCAAGCGUACUCACCCAGAUUUUAACUUUUUCUCUGGGGAUACACCCUUUGCAAAAUUAAAUCAGGAAGCUCUGAAGGAUAUCCUCAUUGUAUUUGCAAAACUGAAUCCUGGCAUAAGAUAUGUGCAAGGGAUGAAUGAGCUCUUGGCACCACUCUAUUAUGUGUUCAAAAAUGAUCCGAAUGAAGAAAAUGCAGCUGCUGCUGAGGCGGACACAUUCUUCUGCUUUGUGGAACUUCUAAGUGGAUUUAGGGAUCAUUUCUGCCAGCAACUUGACAACAGUGUUGUUGGAAUCCGGUCUACAAUUACAAAAUUGUCACAACUUCUGAAAGAGCAUGAUGAAGAACUAUGGCGUCAUCUAGAUGUGACAACCAAAGUCAAUCCACAAUUCUAUGCGUUCAGAUGGAUAACUCUUCUUCUUACACAGGAAUUCAAUUUCGCAGACAGUCUUCUUAUAUGGGACACACUCCUCAGUGACCCUGAAGGCCCUCAGGAAACACUGCUCAGAGUCUGCUGCGCAAUGCUGAUAAUCGUUCGGAGGCGUUUACUUGCUGGGGAUUUCACCUCUAAUCUGAAACUACUCCAAAACUAUCCAUCCACAAGUAUCUCCCACUUGCUAUACGUCGCCAACAAAUUACGCACCACCACAUCUGCCUAAACCUCCAUGUUUGGAUAUACUCCGCAUUACUUUUAGACCCNUUGUACUCCGGGGGUAAGAUGUAGUAUGUAAAUGUCAGAUUAUUAGAGAGUUUACCUCUUAUUACGAUUUAUAGAGUAUGUUUCCGUUUUAUAGAAUAGCUAAGUGUGGCAAAUGUAUGGUGUUGUCUUGUAGAUACUUUGAGAGUUUACCUCUUAUUAUGAUUUUUGGUGAUAUCCUGUCAUUGGUUUGGCUGUUUAAUCUGGUUGAAUUAGCAUUGUCUGUGAGAAGAAGAUGGCAAACUUGAAGUACCUCAAGCUUUCAUUACUCACUAGUCCUUA